AUGGCAUACGUUAAUGUAAAGGAUUGGUCUGUUGAUCAAGUAACGGAUUGGAUUAAAGGUUUGGAUAAUACAAUAUUAAAAUAUGCUGCUUCAUUUUUAAAUAAUGGAGUUACCGGACAUCAGCUUUUAAACCUUAGAGCUGAAGAUUUAGAACAUUUGGGUGUCAAAACAUUGGGGCAUCAGGAGAUAAUUCUUGAGGCUGUUGAACACCUCAGGAAUUUUCAUUAUGAAUUGGACAAGGAAAAUCUACAGAUGUUGGCAUUAAGAUUGUCUUGUACGGCGAACUCAUUGUUUAAGGGAUUAUUAUUAUUAGACGAUUCUGCAAAGCUUACUAACCAGAUAAUGAAUGAUGUUCAUAACAUUAUUAAUGCUGUUAAACCUUUGGCUUGUUGGUUAGAUCGGUCGCCUUUUGCAGGAGAUAAGGAAUACAUAGAAAACAAGGAAGUUCUUUUAAAAUCAAGCAUUGAAAUGGCUACUGUUGCUUUACGAGACAUUUUUUCAAAAGAUCCAAUAAGAACCAUUCGUCAAAUGUGUGAACAGUUAUCUAAAAGAGCAGAUUAUAUUAUACAGGUUAUAUCUGACCCAAUGAUACUACAACCAGCUUCAUUAGAUUUGGCCACAUUAAAAAAGAAGGAACAAGAAUUAGGAUUUUUUAUUAUGCCAUGUAAUCAUGCUAUUCAUCAAAUUUGUGAUAUAAAAUAUGGGUAUCCAGCUCACAGUUGCAAUAAAAUUGAAAAUGGUGAUGAAAUUGUCCAAGUUAAUUAUCAAACAGUAGCCGGUUGGCACCGUAAAAAUGUAAUGAUAUUAAUUCAAGAGUCCCCUCCAGAAAUUGUUUUAACAUUAAAAAAGAGACCCAGACAUACAAAAGUUUAUGGUCAAAUUUAUAUGAAACCAUAUAGAUUACCAAGUAGAAAAAGGGGUGGUCAAAAUUGGUUUCGAUGGAAUGAUAACCUUCCUUCACCAAGGUUAAUGCCUAUUCAUGAUUUACCACAAUUAAGUAUUUCAAAGUUACCUCUUACGGUAGAACCUGUUGAUAAAGAAACUGUUAGUAGUAGUGAUAGUGAGCCUUCCGAUGGUUCAUUGGAUGGUGAAAGUAGAAUGUAUCCUCUUAAGCCAAGGCCAAUUUUACAAAGAAGAAAUACUAUUACUGGGGUAACCCCUACCAGUAAAAGACCAUAUUUACCAAUUGAGUAUUGGGAAUUGUAUAAGCCAAAUAACUCAAGCACUGAUGCCAGUUCCUUAGAUAUUAUAAAAAUGGAAGAAAGUUUUUUAAGAGAUAAAAGUGUAUCUUGCAAUAUUGGAUUAGAUAAAAGACCUACAACUGUUAUUGGAUUAGGAAAAAGAAAUACAUCGUUUAAAAAAAGCUCUAAAGACAAAAACAAGAAAAAAGUAAAUUUUGAAGAAAGUAAUAUUUAUAAUAAAAUUAAAUCUAAACAAGAAGAAAACAAAGAAAAUUCAUUUAUUAAUUUGCCCGCGACCAAUUUAGACUUGGAAAAAAGUAUAAGUAUUAACAGUAUUUCCAGUCUUCAAAAUGAAAAUAUAUCAUUUAUUGAUGAAGGCAGGGAACUAACUGAUAGAACUAGUAUGGCCAUGGAUUCAAAAGUGUUUGAAGAAGUCAAUAAUGAUAUGCCCAAUAAAGAAGCCAAUAGCCCUUCAAUUAAACAAAUUAUAAGAAUAUUUGAUAACCAAAAUGAAGAAAAAUCUAUAGCUCACAAACCCAAAAUAGCACCAAGAUCAAAUUUAAAUAAACCGCCUGAAGUUCCUAAAAAACCUAAGCCAUUGGUACCACCUAGAAUUGCAAUAAAACCAAGAGUAAAACUAGAUAAAAGUCACAGUACCCCAGCCUAUGAUUUAACAGAAGAGCCUAACUCAGAAAACAUAUUAGCAGAGUCCUCAAUCAUUCUUGACAAACCAAUUGAUGUUUCACCAAUAAAUGAAGAAUGCGCAAUAAAUAUUAUUAGAGAAAACAUAGAAAACAAUAAUUUUAGAGAACUAAAUCCUUUACCAGAAUGUUCCUUUAGUACUAACGACGAUUUACCCCCCAAGCCACCACCGAGAAAUAUAGAUGUACAAAAGCCAGCUUACCCAGCAGAUUCUCCAAAACCUCAAAACUUAUUAAAUUUAGCUAAAUCUCAAAACCCUAGAUUGGAUAAUUUCCUUGAAAAUCAAGUAUUUGAAUUUCCAGAACCAAAAACAAAUUCCACGAAUACAGGAAUUCAGCAAACAGGAAUGCUUAUUGGAAAAUUGGUUUGUGAUGAAAAACCUCAAAAAUAUUUUGAAUCAAAAAAAGUGGCUACACCCAUAACUAAAGAAAAAAUUAUUUAUAAUGAAAUAAAUGCUCCCUUGCCAAAAAAUAAUUUAGAAGUUCAAAAGCCUCUUGAAGAAGAAAAAAGUAAUAAUCAAGAUUUAUCAAAAAGUUUUGAAACACAAAAAGGUUCUCCUACGAAUUCAAUUGUUAAAAUAAUUUCCACCAAGAGCAAAUAUUUAAAAAAGAAAAAUUCACUGGUAGCAAAAAGAAGAAAAGUUUCUGUUAACGAUUUAAAUCCAUGUGAAACCCAAGGGUUUUUAUAUCAGCGUCUUCGUGGGAAAAAUAGUGUCCAUUGGAAUAAAAGAUGGUUUGUUUUAUAUGGUAAUAGUUUAUAUGGCUUUAAAUCCAAGGAAGAUCACAAAGCAGCAUGUUUAAUAUUUUUAUCUGGAUACACUGUUGCAGUGGCAAAUGAGGUAAAAUCUAGAUCACAUGCCUUUAAGGUGUAUCAUACGGGAACAGUAUUUUACUUUUCGGCAAAUGACAUGGAAUCAGAACAAACGUGGAUUGAGUUAAUUAAAGCUGCAACUAUGCAAAGUGAUCGAACAAAAAGUUCCGAUGCUGCCCUCUACUCAGAAACAGACGAAUCAGAUACAGAAAAAAAAGUUUCUUUAAAUGAAAAAAUAGAUCCUUUUAAGAAAUUUGGAAGUUUAAAGAAGUUUAGUUCGAAAAAAAGUAAUGAAGAUCAAAGUGGAAGUACCAGUUUAGACAGAAAAUGGUUUUUUAAGUCUAAUGUAUCAAAUUCAUCCAAAAACUCAGUCCCAGUACCAACAGCUCAAUUCCGAUCGUAUCGUAAAAUUAAAAACGAUUUUAAUAGUAUUACAACAGGAAACUUUACAUCCCAUGUUUCUCUGUUUUCGGGUGCGGUACUACCCUCUUCACAAAAUAUUAGUGUUCCGAACCUUACCAUAGAAACUAUACCAAUAAGUGAAUCCGAUCAAAACCAUAAAUUGCAGAAAAAUAAUUCAAUCAAUUAUAUGCAUGCCAGUAAUCCUAGCUUAUGUAAUAUAAGCGAAUUUAAUGUCCCAAUUUUUUCCAAAAAUUCUUUAUUAAAUCCACCCCAUAGUAAUUUCCAAGGUUUUAUGACAUUAGAAGAAUUAAUGGAAAAAGAAAAUGAGCAAAGAAAACAAAAUCCACAUAUAAUUGCUGAAGAAAUGACAAGACAAUUGACACUAAUUAAGCCGGAUGUAGUAUAUGGUGAAGUUCCAAUCAAAAAAUCAGAAAAGGUUAAAGAUUCUUUAAAAUCUUUGCAUUCACGAGGAUCUACUUUAAAUGUUCAAAAUAGCGAAAAAAAAGAUACAAGUUGUUUUGGAAAACGAUUGGGAUCCUUAAAAAAGUCUCAUUCUAAGGAAAAAUAUAAUUUUGACAAUAAAACUUCUACGUAUCCAAAGUCCAAUCAUAAAAAUAAGGAUGAAAAUGACAUUUAUGACUAUAAAUUAAACAGAUCAUUACCAAGACAACAUAAAAUGCAAGAAAGUCAUAUAGAUAAAUAUGUACAUAGUUCUUCUGAAAAAUGCAUUCCCGGUAAAUUUAAUGACAGAUCCUAUGAAAUGAUAUUUUGCCCUGAAACUAUAAAUGAUGUACAGUUUGCUCAAAAUAGAUCGUUGGAUGAAAAUAUGUAUUAUGAUACCACUAAGAAACAUCAAAAACUAAAAAAACAAAACAGUUUUAGUUCUACUGAUAAAAAAUCGAAAAUUAAUAUAAUAAAAUAUGGAGCCAAGAUUGGUGAUUCGUCUACAAAUAAAUUAAAAUCUGCAAUUCAAUAUACACCAAUGUCUUUACCUUUGAGCCAGGAUCCAAAAUCAAAGCCUAAAUUUGCAUUCGAAUUAAAUUUAGAUGACAAGACUAGUAAAAGCGGAAAGUUUAACAAAAUUCUUGGAGGAAAAUCGGAUAGCAAAAAAGAAAAAACUUUUUUUGGGUCACCUAAAUUACAUAGAGCUAUUUUCAAGAAAAAUGAUUCCAAAAGUGAAAUUAACUGGCUCAGUAGUUCACCUCCGACGCUUACCAUGCCGGAGUCAUAUGAAUUGGAAAAUGCUUCUGCCUUGACUGAACCCGUUUCUGUUAACAUCAGUCCUCAAGCUGACUAUCCUGGAUUACGAUAUCCUCCAGUUUUUGAACCUGAAACAUAUUCUUUAUCAAAUCCAUUAAGUUUAUCGCGAAAGCCUACAAUAAAUAGGAUACCAGAUAAUUGA